AAUCUAAACCCAAAACUAUCACUUGAAACACUUUUCGUGCCGGGUCGUUAAACCCUCGUGCUGGAGACGAAGAAGCACCAUUCCUCUUUGGGAUCUCAUUAACACUACUUCACAAGAAAUGAGACGAAGCUUAAGCAAGCUUUCUCACUGCUCUAUUGGCCGACCCAUCACCGCCUCAUCGGGUUCCGCUUUUUCCACUUUCUCCGGCGGCGGCGGAGGUGGUAGAGGCAGGGGACGAGGUUCCGAUUCCCCAAACUUCGGAUUCAGUCCGGGAAAAUCCGCAUCCGAAGACUCCAAACCGGAAUCAUCGACUCCUGCUACUCCAUCUGGAACUGGACAUGGACGAGGCCGAGGUAAACCAUUACCUUCGUCCCCAAUUGUUCCCUCAUUUUACUCCUUCGUUGAUAACCCUAAUACUCCUGCUGGCCGUGGCCGAGGUGGGAUCGGCCCGUUUUCUCCACCACCGCAGCCGCAACAACAGCAGCAGCAGCAGCCACUGAGGAAACCGAUUUUCUUUGCGAAGGAAGAAGAAACAGCUGAUUCAAAUUCUAGUUCUUCAAAUGCUCCAAAACCAAGAGAUGAUUCAAAUCUCCCUUCUAGUGUAAUAUCAGUUUUGACUGGUGCGGGCCGAGGGAAGCCCUUGCAAACGGCUUCUCCUGUCUUUGAGAAGCCUAAGGAAGAGAAUCGCCAUCUCCGGCCUCGGCAGCAGAAAGUUGCAGAUUCAGGGGAGAGAGCGAGCAGUCCACCUCCCCAGAGGUUGAGUAGGGAGGAUGCAGUAAAAAAGGCUGUAGGGAUAUUAUCAAGAAGUGAUGAUGGUGAUGUUGAUGGUGAUGUUGGUGGUGGAAGGGGAAUGGGAGGAGGUUUUAGAGGGAGGGGUGGUCGUGGUGCGGUGAGAGGCAGAGGGGGAAGGGGAAGGGGAAGAGGAAGAGGAAGAGGUCGUCGGGAUGAGGAGAGAGGAGAUGGUAGUUUGGAGAUUGGCUUUUAUCUAGGUGAUGAUGCUGAUGGGGAGAAGUUGGCUGCGAAGCUUGGACCUGAAAGUAUGAACACAUUGGCGGAAGGCUUUGAAGAAAUGAGUGCCAGAGUGUUGCCUUCUCCCAUGGAUGAUGCAUACAUAGAAGCCCUUCACACUAACAUGAUGAUAGAGUGUGAACCAGAGUACCUGAUGGGAGACUUUGAAAGCAAUCCUGAUAUUGAUGAGACACCUCCAAUUCCUCUUCGUGAUGCUCUUGAAAAAAUGAAGCCAUUCCUCAUGGCAUAUGAAGGGAUUAAGGAUCAAGAAGAGUGGGAGGAAGUCAUCAAAGAAACUAUGGAGACUGUCCCACUUAUGAAAGAGAUAGUUGAUUACUACAGUGGGCCCGAUAGAGUAACGGCAAAGCAACAGCAACAAGAGCUGGAAAGAGUAGCAAAAACUCUUCCAGAGAGUGCACCUAAUUCAGUAAAGCGGUUCACGGAGCGUGCUGUUUUGUCUCUACAGAGCAAUCCGGGGUGGGGAUUUGACAAGAAAUGCCAGUUCAUGGACAAGGUGGUAAUGGAAGUCUCUCAGCACUACAAAUAGAUUCACUCCAUUCCCACAAAAGAUGUCUUCAAUAUAGAAGUUGAGAUAGAUGUGCUUAAACAACAACACUAUGAGCGGAACGAUGACUAGGAAAUAUUGCAAUACAAGUUUGUUUACUAGAAAUGCUGCGCGUUUGGUUUCUGAUAUGGAGAUUUUGACAUUUUGAUUUGACAUAUAAUGAUAGUCUUAUUUUAAGGUUGUCCAUUGGCAUUGAGACAUCUCAGUUUUCAAUAAUUUGAAGAUGAUUUCUGGUAACUUUCUUAGCGCUUAGGUGUUUGGAUUUGCUUAGUACUUGAUGUAAUAGAUAGCCUACCAUCACACGGAGCUGUCUUACCUUCAAGAUACGAGGAUCAUACUUAUCAAAUAAUUUCAAUCCUCCCUUUGGGGAGGCCUAAUUACUUGCAACUGUUCCUUUUUAGUUGCAUCAUUGUUACAUCCUAUUAACAAUAUGGCUAAAGCAAUGAAUCCCUUUUCUCAGUUUUGCUGA